AACAAAACUCUAAUCUUAACUAAAACACAAGAAAAUGGUCGUUGAAAUUGUUUACUUUGCAGGUCCUGGAAGAUCCGAACUUCUCAAGUUGAUCGCCCACGUAGCCAAUGUUGAUUACAAGGUUGUUGGUAUCACUAAAGAUGAAUGGCCAACUCACAAGCCACACACAAGAUAUGGUCAAAUGCCAUAUUUAAAGGUAAAUGACAAGUUGACCAUUUAUCAAACAUAUGCAAUUGCCAGAUAUUUGGCACAACAAGGUGAUUUGUAUCCAAAGGACAAUAUUGAAGCCACACAAACUGAAGAAUAUGUUGCAGCCAUUGACGAACUUUUCAAUAAGUAUGCCAGAGUUUUCUUCAUUGCUCCAGAAGAAACCAGAGAACAAGAAAAGAAAGUUUUCCUUGAAGGACCAGUCAAGACAAUCUUGGGUGCAUUGGAAAAGAUUUUGGAAGAGAAUGGAGAUGGACAUCUCAUCAAGGGAAAGUUCACUUGGGCUGACUUUGUUCUUUUGGACAUGGUUUAUGCACUCCAAUUUAAGGAAGUUGAUUUGAGUCAAUUUACUCAUAUUAUCAAAUCUAAGGAGGUUUUGAAGGCUCAUCCAAGAUUCCAAGAUUACGUUACUCAAGAACACAACUAUAGAAAGUAUUAA